UUUGGCUCAUUCGCAGUAUCUCUACAGUAACGUUUUAUUCGCCGCGCGCUUAAACGAACGAAUCUCAAGUUGUCACAUAUAUAAAUCGAUGAUCAGGAAAAAUUUGAACCUUGACUUCACGGAAUUGGAAAAUCUCAGUUGAUAUAGAAUAUUUCAUCAUUAUCGUGCUGCCCGUAAGUCUCAUCCAAUAGAGUUACAUAGUUGUGCGCGACGGUGACAGUAGAGUGAAAAUGACAAGUGAUGUGCCAGAGGCUAAUUGAAUUUCGCAAUAUAGACGAUAAUUUGCAAUUUAUCGGUUGGCGAAAUCACGAAAGUAUCGUACACAUUUUUGGAAGUGCUGUAGAUACUAUUAAAUAAUUGGGCAUUAAUUAAAUUAUGACGGUUGAUGAAACCCAGGUGCCAAGACGAUUCGUAAAAAUGCCGACUCCGAAUUUUGAGCCAUCAGAACGAUGGCGAAUUAUAAGGAAUAUUCUAGCGAUCGGUUGCGCUUUUAUGGUGAAUUUUACUGCCUUUAUGGGAGCCUCGAAUUUACAGAGCUCUAUCAAUGCGAAUCAAUCGCUCGGUACAUUUACUUUAUCGGCAAUUUACGGCAGUCUGCUCUUCAGCAACAUUUUUCUACCCGCUCUCGUUAUAAGUUGGUUAGGAUGCAAGUGGACGAUGUGUGUUUCCAUAUUGACUUAUAUGCCUUUCAUAGCUGCUCAAUUUUAUCCACAAUUUUAUACGAUGAUUCCCGCCGGAUUAUCGGUUGGAUUAGGCGGAGGGCCACUUUGGUGCGCAAAAUGUACAUAUUUAACUAUAGCAGCCGAAGCCUACUCAACUGUCUCAGAUAUAGCUACAAAUGUUCUUGUCACACGAUUCUUCGGCCUCUUUUUCAUGUUCUAUCAAAUGGCACAAGUGUGGGGAAAUCUUAUUUCUUCAGCAGUUCUUUCUUAUGGUAUCGAAACAGUUACCAGAAAUGUAACUCUGAAUAGUAGUAUUGUGGCAAAAAAAUGCGGUGCAAAUUUCUGUGGAGUAUCUGGUAUGGAAGAGGAAAAUCCGAAUCUGCAGCGACCUCCUGUAGAACGAAUAUAUCUAAUUUCUGGAAUUUACUUAGGCUGUAUGAUAUUAGCUUGUUUAAUAAUUGCAUUUGGUGUUGAUUCUUUAUCCAGAUACGAUAGAAGCAGAGCUCGUUCAGUGAAAGGAAAGUCUGGAUUCAAGCUUCUGGCCGUGACAUUAAAGUUGUUGAGAGAGAAGAACCAACUUUUAAUAUUGCCGAUAAUAUUAUUUAUCGGAGCUGAGCAGGCAUUUUUAUUUGCCGAUUACAAUGCAUCAUUCGUUUCUUGCGCUUGGGGAAUUAGCAACAUCGGUUACGUGAUGAUAUGUUUUGGUGUCACAAACGCUAUAGCCGCACUCGCCACGGGAUCUAUUGUGAAAUUGACCGGAAGAAAGCCUGUAAUGUUCUUCGCUUUUUGUUUGCACUUGAGUCUCUUAAUUUUUAUAUUACGAUGGAAACCAACGCCAGAACAGGGCAUUAUCUUUUUCUUGGUGUCAGGUAUAUGGGGUGUGUGCGAUUCAAUCUGGCUGGUACAAGUUAACGCCUUAAGCGGUAUAUUAUUUCCUGGUCAAGAAGAAGCAGCUUUCUCCAAUUUCCGCCUGUGGGAGUCCACUGGUUCAGUGAUAACAUAUGUGUAUAGCCCAUAUCUGUGUACCUUUACGAAACUAUAUCUCUUAAUCGGAAUAUUGUGCGCUGGAAUGGUCGGUUAUGGCAUUAUCGAGUGGUCAAGUAAAGUAGAUAGAGCUUCUGUUUCUGAUGACAAGCCUGAUUUUGAAUUGGUUAAUAGAGUUGAUUAAUAAAUUUAGUUGAUAUAAAAUUGAUUAACACAGAGAUUAAACGAUAAAAUAUAAAAGCAAUUUUAGCGUAGAGCAGGUAUCUUUGUUCUCAGUCAAUGACAUUGUAGGAGAUUUCUUGAAAUUAUUAUCUUUUGAUAUAUUAUCAUUAAAGUAUCAAAAUAGGAAAAUUAUAACGAUAUAUAUUUAAGGGAAAACUUAAAAAAAAAUACGAUUGAAAUAUUUUUUAUUUAUGACUUGUUUUUAAUAUUGAUUUUUUAUCAAUAAUAAGGUAUAAGAAAUAACUUGUAAAAUCUACUACGUACCUGAAAUUAUAUUAGAAUAAGAAAAAAAGAAUAUUAUUGUGAACUAAAACUGUGUUAAGGAGAAAAAAUUCUACGUCUUUAAACAGUUAUAGCUUAGAAAUGCUUUUUCUCAUUUCUCACAGUUAUAGCUCAGAUAUGUUAUAUGCACAUAUGUUACAAAAAUCGUGUACUUGUGACACUCGUCUGAAGUUAUUUGUCUAAAACUCAAACGAAAUUUUAAUCGCGAAAAGCAAUAGGUGCGACUUUUUAUUAUUUGUACCACAAUAUAUGUUUUUAUUUUAUUUUUGUGGACACCUACUAAAUUUUACACAGGUAUUCGCUUAACAGCUAAGAUUCUUGUCCUUCAUUUAAAUACGUAAUUUAAUGUUACAUCGUGUGUGCCUAGGUGCUAACAUUCAAGCUAGAGCUACGGCUGCUUAGUUUAAUUGUAUACUUAUGUGCUUAAUUGCCGACUGUGUGCUUAUUUCGUUGCCAAAAUCAAUUGAUUCCCGCCUUCAACGAAGACGGCUUACCGAGCUGCGUGAUUUUCUUUCCAUAGUAAGGUCGAUCGAUGUUCUCCGACAGUGGCAAUGUCGAAUCAAUUGAUCGGCGAGUCGUAUUUUAGCAUCGUUAAAUUGCUGAUUGUAUCAUGAUUAUUAGCUUAACUUUGCGUUCAUCAUAUUUACAAUUCAAAUGUUCUGCAGUUCAGUUAUAUACUUUAUAAAACGUAGUAGGAACUUUGGUUUCGCUGGGCAAUGUUUCAGGAGCAGUUUCCUCUUAUUGAUUCGUGAUUUUUUUUUAUUUUAUUUUAUAACUCGACAUGGCUUUUUUCAGGAAUGUUUAUUUUUUUCUUUAUUACUCGGUUAUGUGACGUAGGGCUAUCCGUUUUUAUAUUUUGUCUAUUUUUUGAGUUUACGAAAAUCAUCACCAGAUAAGACGAGCAAAAAUUCAGCUGGAAACUGCUAUAAAACAUUUGCCCGUGGAUCUAUCUUCCUUAGAAAUAUGACAUUCACGAAUACAAUUCACAUGUUUUUUUGUAAUACUCAUGUUUAUAUUUUCAUAUGGAUCUAUUCGAAUAUUUCAAUUUCACGAAGAAAAUACACAUGAUUCUUAAACUGUU